CAUCUGCAUUUUUCCUUACUCGGUGCAUUGCUGUAGCUCUGGGAAUCCGUUUCAUUGUAAUGGUAACGAUAUGGAGUGCCAUCAUCAUAAAUUCUUUAUUCAACCAAGCAGUGCCAAUUUCCUUGAAUGAAAGUUACUGUGGCCCAUGUCCUAAAAACUGGCUAUGUUACGGAAACAACUGCUACAAAUUUUUUAAUGAGAGCAAGAACUGGUUUCAGAGCCAAGCUUCCUGCAUGUCUCAAAAUUCUAGUCUCCUGAAGAUAUACAGCCAAGAGGACCAGGAUAUCUUUAAAUUGCUAAAGUCCUACCAUUGGAUGGGACUGAAAAAGAAUUCCAAAAACGAAACCUGGCAGUGGGAAGAUGGCUCCAUUCUGGCUCCCGAUCAAAUAACAAUGGUUGACAUGGCAAAUGGAACCUGUGCAGUUUACGGUUCAAGUUUUAAAGGUUACACAGAAAACUGUUUAACUCCAAACAUAUACAUCUGCAUGCAGAGGAUUGUGUGAAGAGUUUAUUUAUAAAAUAAAAGGAUUUCAAAAUAAAAAUGCCAUUCUCUGACUUUCUUCAUGAAGAAAACUUUCAGAAGAAAA